AUGGCAAUUUCUGAGGCCAACAUAAAAGAAUGGACUCAACAGGCCCAGGAGACCCUUCAACGGGCCCAGGCGCUCUGUACCGGUGCAGAGACGCUGCUAAAGUCCAUGUCAUACCAGCUCACAUCGCAUUUACCGGAGCUAUUCACGAAAUGCUCGCAGACAGUGGAGGGUGUCAAGCGACAGCAUGAGGGAGUAGGCAAGGUGAUCGAGAGCAUCAGAAACAAUGUAUCAAGUAUACUUGAGGAAUCACAGCAAAAGAAGGCGUCCAUAGAGCCUGUAAUGAAAGAAUUCGACCAAGUUUUGGGCCAAUUGGCCAGAACUGGAGUGCCCAGGUUCUUGAUUGCGUCCCCUGGGGCAACAGACUCACCGAAGACACUUAAGGAUUUCAUAUCAAUCGACUCAAUCGAUCGCUUGAGAACUGAGAUAGACGUUUACGGGAGAAAUACCGACAAGAUAGCGAAACUCCUCCUGGAAGAGUUUGUACAUGGCAUCCAAGAACCUUACAAAAUCGCCUCCAAAAACUACUCGAGGAUCAUUAAACAAUACGAUGACAUGACUCCCCUACAAUUGGAUUUGAUAGCUCUUGGAGGGACAGGACCUUAUGAGAGUCAUAAUUUAAUAAGCACGAUCUUGAAGGAAAAUGCAUCCUUGGAGAACGAGCUCGUAUCGAUAUUGGAGAUGCUCACGAACCACUACGAUCAAUGUACCCAAGGGAUGCAGGCUUUUAAUUCAGGGAUAUCGAGUGAGUUUCUCCAGGUCUUGAGCAACGACUCAGUGGAGUUACCUGAGGUUUUGAGGGAAUUGAAUACUGUUUGUGAGAUUGUUCAUAAUAACGAGAUUCGAGCUAGUAAAUUCCUCAAUGGUCAAUUGCCCAUUUUAAACCUGAUUCUCGAGGGGUCUGAUCGGCAGAUAAUGAUGUAUCGCUCAUUGAGAAGUACCAGGAUCCCCAAGAUUAUGCUUUUAUGCGACGCUUGCAAACUGAUUGACAGUCUUCCUCAGCAUACGGAGACAAUUUCGCAAUUGAGCUACCACUACAACCAGUUUUUGAAGGUGUACCGCACCCAGUAUUUAUCUGAGUUGCAUUACGAGAGAUAUGUAUACCCACGAAAAUUCUUGGGGAAAUUGACUGAUUUCUUGAAUGAAACGUUGCACCAGAUGCAGCUGGAUGAAGAGCAGAGACGAAAGAAUUGGCUCGUAAAGUAUGGCGAGUUUAUUCCAAAGGAAUUAAGUCUACCUGGAGAUCAAAACCAGCCCACCAUAGUUGAGAUAAUUACUGAGGGUCUUGAGGACAUUCAAAAGGAAUCUGAUUCUGCAGAGCAGGAGUUGGUUCAGUUCUUGAAGCUAAUGAAAGCUUCGGAACCUGCAAGAUAA